UUAAUCGCGAAAUGGUCGGCGGGAGUAGGAAAAAAACACAACGAAUCUUCUUCCCCGCCUGCACCACGAACCCUAGUCGGUCCUCGCGACCCAGACGACGCGUCCGAUUGUUUCGUGCGUUCUAUUAGCUUCCCUCAAGCCAGUAUUUUUUUAUUGGGACACUAUGAGCUCCAAUGGUGUCACAAGGCGGAUUCCGAAGAGGCAGCGGACUAUGAAGCCCCAUUCACAGCUUCUGGACCUGAACUCGGCCCCAGCUGAAGGGGCUGGUGAGGGGAGUUUACCUUCUGGGAGCAUGCCUGUCUCACACAGCCAGGCUUCCAGCAGUAUGCCACCUGCUGCUAAUGGGCUACACAUUGGCAUGCAUAGUUUUCCCAUUGAUGUAGAAGCCAUCGAUGAUGAUGUUGUGAUCUAUCCUUCAAGAUCACUCCCUCAUGCAAGACAACAGUCGACCAGGAUGGAACACAUUACUGUGAUAAUUGAUGACGAUUCUGAAACAAACCCUGGACCAGCAGGGGACGCUCUUGAUGAGCAUGUGAACACACUUCUGUCUCUCGGCAUAAACCGUAGGCAUGAGCUUCCGAGAGCAUCCAACAACUGCCCUGUAAUAAGUUUACUGGACACACCUGAAGUCAUUAGCAUCAAGCCAAUGCUGAUCCAGGCACCCCCUGAACCUGUGAAGGAGGUAACGAAGGAACCAAAGUUCACUUGCCCAGUCUGCAUGAAUGAGCUGACGGACGCGUCAUCCACCAUCUGCGGUCACAUUUUCUGCAAGAAAUGCAUCGAGGCUUCCAUUCAGGCUCAGAAGAAGUGCCCUACCUGCCGGAGGAAGCUCAACAAGAGCAACUACCACCGGGUGUACCUCCCGACGACGGAGUAAAACCGCUUCGGUCAUUUUGCUAUCAGUUCUGCAGCACCUGACCUCCGCAUUGGCCCUAUGGCGAUUGUAUGUUGAACUACCGUAGGCAUAGAGUAUUCCAACAAUUUAACAAGUGAUUUUGGCGUCGGCAUUUGAGACAUCGUACCAAGCUGCAUCAUCAGUAAAGUAUACCCAGCAUUCCCUA